AUCAGCAGACGACAAUUUCUUCACUGCCAAAAUGACAUCAUUUUCCACCUCUGCCCAGUGUUCAACUUCUGACAGUGCUUGCAGGAUCUCUCCAGAACAAACCAAUCAGGUACGACCAAAACAGCCACUUUUGAAGAUUUUGCAGGCAGCAGGUGCACAAGGUGAAAUGUUCACUGUUAAAGAGGUCAUGCACUACCUAGGCCAGUACAUAAUGGUGAAGCAGCUUUAUGAUCAGCAGGAGCAGCAUAUGGUGUAUUGUGGUGGAGACCUUUUGGGGGAACUACUAGGACGUCAGAGCUUCUCCGUGAAAGAUCCAAGCCCUCUCUAUGAUAUGCUAAGAAAGAAUCUUGUCACUUUAGCCUCUGCUACUACAGAUGCCGCUCAGACUCUCGCUCUCGCACAGGAUCACAGUAUGGAUAUUCCAAGUCAAGACCAACUGAAGCAAAGUGCAGAAGAAAGUUCCAGUUCCAGGAAAAGAAUGGAAGAAGGCAAUAUUCCUACACUGCCUACCUCACAACAUAAAUGCAGAAAUUCUAGAGAAGAUGAAGACUUCAUAAAAAACUUAACGCAAGAUGAGACAUCUAAGCUGGACCUUGGGUUUGAGGAGUGGGAUGUAGCUGGGCUGCCUUGGUGGUUUUUAGGAAACCUGAGGAGCAACUAUACACCUAGAAGUAAUGGCUCGACUGAUUUACAGACAAAUCAGGAUAUAGGUACUGCCAUUGUUUCAGACACCACAGAUGAUUUGUGGUUUUUGAAUGAGUCUGUAUCAGAGCAAUUUGGUGUGGGAAUAAAAGUUGAAGCUGCAGACACUGAACAAACAAGUGAAGAAGUAGGAAAAGUAAGAGACAAAAAGGUGGUUGAAGUGGGAAAAAAUGAUGACCUUGAGGACUCUAAGUCCCUAAGUGAUGAUACUGAUGUAGAAGUUACCUCCGAGGAUGAGUGGCAGUGUACUGAGUGCAAGAAAUUUAACUCUCCAAGCAAGAGGUACUGUUUUCGUUGCUGGGCGUUGAGGAAGGAUUGGUAUUCGGAUUGUUCUAAGUUAACCCAUUCUCUCUCCACGUCUGAUAUCACUGCCAUACCUGAAAAGAAGGAAAAUGAAGGAAUUGACGUCCCUGAUUGCCGAAGAACCAUAUCAGCUCCAGUUGUUAGACCUAAAGAUGUAUAUACAAAGGAAGAAAAAAACCCCAAACUUUUUGAUCCCUGCAGCUCAGUGGAAUUCUUGGAUUUGGCCCACAGUUCGGAAAGCCAGGAAACCAUAUCAAGCAUGGGAGAACAAUCAGAUAACCUUUUCGAACAGAGAACAGAUACAGAAAACAUGGAGGAUUGCCAGAAUCUCUUGAAGCCAUGUAGUCUGUGUGAGAAAAGACCACGAGAUGGGAACAUUAUUCAUGGGAGGACAGGGCAUCUUGUCACUUGUUUUCACUGUGCCAGAAGAUUGAAGAAGGCUGGGGCUUCAUGCCCUAUUUGCAAGAAAGAGAUUCAGUUGGUUAUUAAGGUUUUUAUAGCAUAGCUGACUCCAUGAAUUGCAGAGAAAUAUUAACGGGCUAGGUAUGUAUCAAAAUGUCAGUAUUGAGCAUCUCCACUCGGUGUAACCCACUGCAUCUGUUUAUUUAUUUAUGUAAACAUCCGUGUGUCACAACAUUUUUCUUUCUACACUUAGAGGGAAUUUGAGAAUGAGUUCUUUAGAACUAGAUUAUCAAUUUGGGGCACUCCCAUUAGUAUGAAAAGGUGCGUUAAUCACUUCAUUCUCUCUUUAAAGAUGAGGAUCUGGGAGAAAGCAACUGUCAGUACAAACAAAAGUACUUUAAUUCGUUCACUUACCCAGUUACUUGAAGAUUUAGUAUUUCUUCAAUUAAUUUUAUUCCCUAUUCUUUUUUUCUGUUAGGGAGUGUUCUUAGGCAUCAAGAUCCAAGGUGGCUUUUAGAAAAAUAUUAGAGCUAACAAUGGAAAAAACAUAAGUAAUUUGAUUAGUCAAGCUGUGUAAUGCUAUAGAUCACUUUAUGGUUGUAAUCAGGCCACACAAUUCAGAUAAGCCAAAAGAAAAGUCUUGAGAAACAAGAGCAUUUUUGCUAACAUACCCCUGAAAGAAUUUUGAAAAACUAUAUAUAACCUUUUGCACAUUUUACACCUUGGGGUAUGAUUAGCAAACAAAGUGUUCCCUUAUGGUGAGUUGUAGACAUCUGAGUAGCCAACCUAAAACAAGCUACUCUAAGGGGACGGUUUCUGUCCCUUGUGCCCCUUUCCAAGCAGUUCCUUCUCCAUUUCAUGGCUCUCAUUCUCGGUUAGUUUUCCUUUUGCACAUGUUUAAUGUGACAUCUAAAUUUUAAAAAUAAAUUUAAGUACUUACAAAGGAUACCCUAUCCAAUAUAUUGUAUAUGUGCCUUAAAAAUAUUUUUCGCAAAGCCUUGGAGCUGUAUAUUUAGCUGA